UCUUAGAGGCAACGGUGCAGAGGUAUUGGGAGGGUCGCAGGAAUUAUUCAGCCUGCCUGUGCUAUUAGAUGAAGAGAAAACAGUGAUUUAAAGUGCCAACAAGGGAUUGUCCUUGAUUUUUGUACUUUUUUAGUAUUCAUCAGAUUCUUUUCACAUAUUCUCUUACUGUAGAAACUGCAUUUAAGUUAGAAAAAUGAAGCAAUUGAAAAGAAAAAGGAAAAGCAAUUUCAGUGUUCAAGAAACUCAGACCCUUUUGAAAGAAAUUACGAAAAGGAAAGAAGUUAUUUUUUCCAAGCAGCUCAAUACAACAAUUAAUGUGAUGAAGCGAAUGGCUUGGGAAGAGAUUGCACAGUGCGUGAAUGCUGUAGGAGAAGGAGAACAGAGGACAGGGACGGAAGUGAAAAGAAGGUACCUUGACUGGCGAGCACUUAUGAAGAGAAAGAGAAUGAAGGCAAACAUUAAGCUGGUUGGUUCCGGCUUUCCCCUCCCCACAUCUGAUUUAGAUGACUCUCUCACUGAAGAGAUAGAUGAAAAGAUUGGAUUCCGAAAUGAUGCAAAUUUUGAUUGGCAAAAUGUGACAGAUUUCAGAGAUGCAGGUGGAUCCUUAACUGAGGUCAAAGUGGAAGAGGAGGAAAGGGACCCACGGAGUCCUGAAUUUGAGAUUGAGGAGGAGGAAGAAGAAAUGUUGUCAUCCGUCAUACCAGAUUCUAGGAGGGAAAAUGAACUUCCCGAUUUCCCUCAUAUUGAUGAAUUUUUUACCCUUAACUCAACGCCAUCUAGAUCGUAUGACGAGCCCCAUUUGCUUGUUAACAUAGAGAAACAGAAACUAGAGUUGGAAAAACGACGACUGGAUAUUGAGGCUGAAAGACUGCAGGUGGAGAAGGAACGCCUUCAGAUUGAGAAGGAGAGGCUUCGGCAUUUAGACAUGGAGCACGAGCGACUUCAGCUGGAGAAGGAGCGACUACAGAUUGAAAGAGAGAAAUUGAGGUUACAGAUAGUCAGUUCAGAGAAACCGUCCUUGGAAAGUGAACUUGGCUCAGGAGAAAAGUCUGUACUUCAGCCACAGGACAUAGAAACAGAGAAGUUAAAACUUGAGAGAGAACGCUUGCAACUGGAAAAAGAUAGGCUGCAGUUUUUGAAGUUUGAAUCUGAGAAGCUGCAGAUUGAAAAGGAACGCUUACAAGUGGAGAAAGAGAGACUUAGAAUUCAGAAGGAAGGACACUUGCAGUGAAUUUUCCAGGUCUUCAGUUAGCGGAUGUUUGUAAAUCUUAGGUUUUCUCUUAAUCCAGUAAUAUCAAGAUGAUUUUGGGAUUAGUUUUUUUCCCCCCAGUAUAAUGUCAGUGUUUUCAGUAGGAAAAAGAUGGUUGUUUGUGAGUAAUGAAUGCCUAAGUAGCAUAUAGAAAAACUGUAUGUGCCCUGGCAUAAACUAUAUAGGAGAAACUAUUGUGCUGUUCUCUUUCACUUAGUAACUUCACAUAGUCUUGUAU